AUGUUGCAGAACCGAUCGAUUGAUGGCGAGCGGCAGAUUGACCCGAAUGCCGUGAUCAAGACACUCUUCGCCGCCAAGGGCAUCUCGCUGGACCACUCGCGCAAGCUCGGCAGCGGCCGCUACAGCAAAGUCAUCACCGCCCAGGCGUUCAACGGAUUCGAGCUGGCCAUCAAGAUGAUCAACAAGCUGAAGGUGACCAAGGACUUCCUGAAGCGCUUCCUGCCCCGAGAGCUGGCCAAUUGGAAGAUGCUCGUCCAUCCGAACAUCAUUCGCCUGUUCCGCCACUACGAGGCCCUCGACCACGUGUUCCUCGUCAUGGAGUUUGGCAGCGGAGGAGACAUGCUGAGCCAUGUGCAGAAGAACGGGGCUGUGCCCGAGCCCCAGGCCGCUUUCUGGCUUUACCAGGUUUGCUCCGCCAUCGUCUACAUGCACAGCGUCGACGUGGCCCAUCGUGACUUGAAGCUCGAGAACAUUGUCAUCUUUGGGCAAGAUGUGAAGGUCGCCGAUUUGGGUUUCUCACGCAAGGUCGAGGGCGAAUUUUCGGAGACGUUCUGCGGUUCGAAGGCCUACUCGGCGCCGGAGAUCCUGCUCGGCAACCCCUACAACCCAUUCAAGGCUGAUGUUUGGUCGAUUGGUGUCGUGGGCUUUGUGAUGACGACCGACACGAUGCCGUUCCGCGAGGACCUCGACAACCAGAAGAUCGUCAAAAACCAAAAAGAGCGCCGGUACCGCUUCCCGACCAGCCUGCCGUUGUCGGAAGAGUGCAAGGACACCAUCAACACGCUGAUGACAUUCGACCCGCUCAAUCGCUACACGAGCUUCGAAGCCAUCAUGAUGCCGUGGAUCAAUGCGGGGAAGGGUUACGGCAAGCCGCUUCUGCCAUCGCGCAGCCAGCCGCCUACAAACAACAACACCCCGAGUGGCAACGCCUUCAACAGGCCGACGAUCAACGACCGCCAGGCUCAUCCCACCUACUACGCCGGCGUCCGCGAGCAA